AUGGAGAACGGGGAGUUCGUUGAAUCCGGCACCCCGAACGAGAUUCUUGGCGUUUCUAAAUUCGCCAGCGUUGUUCCCGAAGAAGAGUUUCACGCGACCGAGGGAAAGAAAGACGAAGAACAGGCGGAAGACAAAGCUGAUGGAGCCGUUUCAGCGGGCGUUUACAAUGCUUACAUCAAAGCGACGGGAUACCCACUUUUCAUCGCCAUUGUUUUCUUCGUCGUUCUCAUGCAGCUUUCCAAGAAUCUCAGCGAUCUCUUCCUCACUUACUGGAUUCACCAUGAUAACGACAAUACGACGGAUUCUUACUACUCUUCUCAAAAAGCCAGAACUGCGUUUAGCGAAGACCAACUAAUCCCGAUGCCGAAGAAGCUCUCCUUCAUUCAAGUUUUCAUCAUAAUCGGCGCUGUCAAUUCCGUCAUCACUCUGAUCCGCGCGUUUUCUUUCGCAAAGGGAGGACUUGUCGCUUCAAAACGGCUUCAUGAGAAGCUCCUUGACUCUGUGUUGAAUACUUUGCCAAGCUGGUUUCAUAAGACGCCACCUGGACGACUGAUCAAUCGUUUUAGCUCGGACAUAAACGAAGCUGACGACGGACUUCCUUUCAUCCUCAAUAUUUUCAUGAACGAUUGUGUCCAACUAAUGGGAACUAUCGUCAUUAUUUCCUACGCUCUACCUUGGUUCGUCGUCAUCGUUAUUCCACUCAUGCCGUUCUACUCGUCUUUGCAGUUUUAUUACAGGCAUACAGCUAGAGAUCUUAAGAGACUAGCAGCUACGUCGCUUUCACCGAUCUACCAGCAUUUCAGUGAAACAAUUACUGGCGCUUCUACGAUUCGCGCUCUUCGAAAACAGAACCAGGAAAUUCUGAAAAAUGCUAAAUUAUUGGAAGCGAAUCAAAGAGUAAACUUUUCAAUGCUUGCCGCUAAUAGCUGGUUGAGCUACCGGCUUACAAUUGGCAUCGGUGCGACAGUCACAGGAGUAGUGACGCUAAUAGCAAUUACACAGCACGAAUACGCCACUGUAGAUCCAUCACUUAUCGGCUUGGCAUUGAGCUAUGCGUUGCCUCUUACUGGAGUCAUUUCCGCAUUCAUGAGGGACUUCUUGAGCACUGAACUUGGAUUCAUCUCCGUCGAACGAAUCGAUGAAUAUUCAAAACUUGAAAGGGAGGGUGCAGGCCCAACACAGCCUGUGGUGAAGAACUGGCCGAGAAGCGGAAAUCUUCAGAUAAACAAGGUCCAUCUUCAGUAUCCCGGCGCCUCGGAAGAAGCAUUGAAAGGGCUCUCUUUGCAAAUCAAAAAUGGAGAACACGUGGCUAUCGUCGGGAGAACUGGCUCAGGAAAGUCGAGCAUUUUCAAGACAAUCUUGAGGCUUGAGGAAUUCCAAGGCACGAUUAGACUCGACGAUGUCGUACUGAAAAGCGUUGACGUUCAUUCACUCAGAAGAAACGUAACGACACUUUCUCAAGACGAAUUCCUUUUCCAUGGAACCAUAUCCGAAAACCUGGACCCGGAAGAAAAGUUUUCCACUGACGAAAUAAAUGCUGCUGUGGACAGAGUGGGAUUGCGUGGCAGAGUGGACAGGAUCGGGGGUCUUGGUGGAAUUAUUGAGGAGCAGGGGCGAAAUCUGUCACAGGGGGAAAAACAACUCAUGUGUUUCGCAAGGGCACUUCUUUCGAAGAAGAAACUUAUUCUCAUUGAUGAAGCCACAUCAUCAGUUGACGCUGAAGCCGACUUGAAAAUUCAGCAGUUAAUUAAAAACGAGUUCAAGGGAUGCACAGUACUAUCGAUUCAACAUAGACUCACAAACGUUUCCUUCUACGAUCGAGUUCUGGUGAUGAACCACGGCCACAUCGAACAGUUUGAAAAGCCUGAUGCCCUGAUUGCCGACAAAGCUGGUCUUUUUGCGCAACUACUUCAAAAUCAAACGGAACAAUUACACGAAUAG